UGGGAUGAUGAUUUCUUGGUUCAGGCUCGAAGUCAGAAGACUGGCUGAACCUUAUCCAAAUAAACAAGGGCGCGCGCGAUAAGGAGCUGACCACUGCAACUUUCUGCAACACCAACCUUCCCUUCUUCCUCAACCUUCUUCCCCUCCUGGUUCAUUAACUGUUGCUUCUUCCAAUUAUCAGCAACCUCUUGACGAAAAGUCUCCGUUUGCAACAGAAGAACUAUAUCCGGAGUGCCGAACAAGUUCAAUCAUACAAUUCGUCAUCUCAACGAACACACCGACCUGCAGCCACAAUGGCAAAGCCAACCUCCCUCAUCAUCCCCGCGGCGACAAAGCAUACCGCUACAUUAAUAAUGCUCCACGGCCUUGGAGACUCUGGCGCUGGAUGGGUUUCUCUCGCAGAGAACUGGCGCCGCAGACAAAAGUUCGAUGAGGUCAAGUUUAUAUUCCCAAAUGCGCCCGCAAUCCCAAUUACCGUGAACUUUGGAAAGCAGAUGCCAGCAUGGUUUGAUAUUAUUGAGUUCGGUGACCUCGAAGCCCGCCGAGACGAGAAAAGCAUCCUCAAGUCCCGCGAUUAUUUCCAUACUCUCAUAGCAGCCGAAAUCGAAGCUGGGAUCCCCUCGAACCGCAUUGUUCUCGGCGGAUUCUCCCAAGGCGGUGCCAUGGCGAUUUUUUCCGGUAUUACAGCACCAACGAAGCUCGGCGGUAUAUUCGGGUUGUCUAGCUUUCUUCUACUGCAUAAUAAGCUCAAGGAAUUCGUACCGAGCGAUAGUCCCAAUAAGGAUACAACAAUCUUCUUGGGUCACGGUGAUAGUGAUCCGCUAAUCAAGCCAGAGUGGGGACAGAUGACAGCCAGCGUUUUGAAGAAUAAUGGCUGGAAGGUGGAUUUGAAGAUGUAUAAGUAAGUGAUAAGCUAUAUGUGAGCCGCGGCACUUGCUAAUGCUGGGACCAGGGGGUUGGAGCAUUCGGCUCUGCCGGAGGAGAUUGACGAUGUCGAAAAAUACUUGAAUGAGAGGAUACCACCUGUCGGAGAGAAGCCUACCCUCUGACUCGAAGGACAGCAACCUACGAUGAACAACUACACAAUAUUGCUGGUAUUUUUAUUGACAAUUGCCACGGCUAUUAUUGGAUGGUACAUAUUUCAAAAGCCACAGAGGAAUAUCCCACACAGUGAGAAUCGGAAAACCAAAUCCUAGUUGCACGUAGAAAUGAAUUAGAAGCCAUUUGCAAAUCGG